AUUAUUAACCUUCUUAUUAUAGUUAGCAUAUACCAGAAACAAUCUGGAAUAGGUUUAAUAUGUAAUAAGCAAAGGAAUUUACAGGAAUGUCAAUGAUUUUUCCAUUUUGUGUUAGCGGUCGUUGCGCAUUGUUUCCGAGGCUUUGAUUGGUGGAGUUUUGAGAUGGAAAGGCCGGAAGCGUCAUUCAUUACAGACACGGAUGAGAGAAGGGUCAUUUUAAUAGGACUCUUAACAACCUGUUCGACCAGGCUCAGCCAUCCUGUUUAGUUCAACUGUUACCUUUCAUAUUUAUCGCUCUAACAAUAAAAAUGGCUGCUUACAAGCUGGUUCUCAUUCGCCAUGGCGAGAGCUGCUGGAAUCAGGAGAAUCGCUUCUGCGGCUGGUUCGACGCAGACCUGAGCGAGACAGGGGUUCAGGAGGCAAAAAGAGGCGGUCAGGCUUUAAAAGAUGCGGGGUUCGAGUUUGAUAUUUGUUACACAUCGGUGCUGAAGAGAGCCAUCCGGACGUUAUGGAUCGUUUUGGACGGUAUAGAUCAGAUGUGGCUGCCUGUGCACAGGACCUGGCGGCUGAAUGAACGCCACUAUGGCGGUCUCACUGGGCUGAACAAGUCUGAGACUGCGGCUAAGCAUGGUGAAGCCCAGGUUAAGAUUUGGAGGCGCUCCUAUGACAUCCCCCCUCCACCUAUGGAUGCAGAUCAUGACUUUUACAGCAUCAUUAGCAAAGACAGACGGUAUAGUGACUUAACCGAGGACCAGCUGCCUUCUUGUGAGAGUCUGAAGGACACAAUUGCGCGGGCCUUACCAUUCUGGAAUGAGGAGAUUGUGCAUCAAAUCAAGGAGGGAAAGAGAGUGUUGAUUGCUGCACAUGGAAACAGUUUGAGAGGCAUUGUGAAGCACUUAGAAGGAAUGUCUGAGGAGGCCAUAAUGGAGCUGAAUCUGCCCACUGGCAUCCCUGUACUUUAUGAGCUAGACAAGAAUCUGAAGCCCAUCAAGCCAAUGCAGUUCCUUGGAGACGAGGAAACCGUUCGCAAGGCUAUGGAGGCUGUGGCAGCCCAGGGCAAAGCCAAGAAAUAGAGUAUUUAACUUAUAAGCGUUAUAAAUUGUAAAUCAGCAUUGAUUUGCUGAUUAAACGAGACUUCCAUAUUUAACAUCAAUUAGACAUAGUUCUAUAACAUUGUGUAAUAUAAAAAUAUAUAUGAAACCAGUAUAUUAACAUACAUACUUUUGGAAUCGUUACUAGUAUUUAUUGGUUAAACAGUUAUUAGGGCACUUAAUUUUUGUUUGGAUUUAUCUUAUCCAAGUCAUUCCCUUGGUUAAUUUACUUAGUCUACACUUUGGCAAGAAUGUUUACUCACGCUUUCUCAAAUUCAUCAAGAAGGGACACAAUUAUUUAUGGAAAUUUGCAUU